AUGACGACAGAGCGGCAGGAAAGAGCUCCAACGAGGGACGUCCCCUUCCCGCCCCGCCUCUCGGGUGAGACAUGCAGGAUGGAAGCGCAGAGCCCCUCUUUGUGCGCGGCGAUGCUGGAGCCUCGAAACAGAGGAAACAUCUCAGGGGUCAAGGCUGAGGGAGAACCAUCUGAAGAAUCACUGGAAAAAGCUGAGGAGCAGGUGCAGGAGCAGAAACUGAGGAGUCAAGAUGGAGCAAAGAGACAAGAGGAGAGAGAAACUCACACAGGAGACAAACCUUAUGAAUGCUUCAAAUGUGGAAAGAGCUUCAGGUGGCAUAGCACCCUUACGGUGCAUCAAAGAACUCACACAGGGGACAAACCUUAUCAAUGCUUGGAGUGUGGAAAGAGCUUCAGUAGGACUAGCACUCUUACUUCACAUCAAAGAACUCACACAGGGGACAAACCUUAUCAAUGCUUGAAGUGUGGAAAGAGCUUCUGUCAGAGUGGCCAGCUUACUUCGCAUCAAAGAACUCACACAGGGGACAAACCUUAUAAAUGCUUUGUGUGUGGAAAAAGCUUCAGAUGGAAUAGCGCCCUUACGAUGCAUCAAAGAACUCACACAGGGGACAAACGUCAUCAAUGCUUGGAGUGUGGAAAGAGCUUCAGUCAGAGUAGCCACCUUACUUUGCAUCAAAGAACUCACACAGGGGACAAACCUUAUAAAUGUUUCGAAUGUGGAAAGAACUUCAGUCAGAGUAGCCACCUUGCUUUGCAUCAAAGAACUCACACAGGGGACAAACCUUAUAAAUGCUUGGAGUGUGGAAAGAGCUUCAGUCGGAGUAGCCACUUUACUAAGCAUCAAAGAACUCACACAGGAGACAAACCUUAUCAAUGCUUCGAGUGUAGAAAGAGCUUCAGUGACAGUAGCACCCUUGCUUCGCAUCAAAGAACUCACACAGGGGACAAACCUUAUCAAUGCUUGGAGUGUGGAAAGAGCUUCAGCUUUAGCAGCACCCUUACUUUGCAUCAAAGAAGUCACACAGGGGACAAACCUUAUCAAUGCUUGCAGUGUGGAAAGAGCUUCAGUCAGAGUAGCCACCUUACUUCGCAUCAAAGAACUCACACAGGAGACAAACCUUAUAAAUGCUUUGAGUGUGGAAAGAGCUUCAGUGACAGUAGCACCCUUGCUUCUCAUCAAAGAAGUCACACAGGGGACAAACCUUAUAAAUGCUUGGAGUGUGGAAAGAGCUUCAGCUUUAGUAGCACCCUCAGUUCGCAUCAAAGAACUCACACAGGGGACAAACCUUAUACAUGCUUGGAGUGUGGAAAGAGCUUCAGCUUUAGUAGCACCCUUACUUUGCAUCAAAGAACUCACACAGGGGACAAACCUUAUACAUGUUUGGAGUGUGGAAAGAGCUUUAGUCAGAGUGGCCACCUUACUUCGCAUCAAAGAACUCACAGAGGGGACAAACCUUAUAAAUGCUUGGAGUGUGGAAAGAGCUUCAGUCGAAGUAGCACCCUUACUUUGCAUCAAAGAACUCACACAGGGGACAAACCUUAUCAAUGUUUGGAGUGUGGAAAGAGCUUCUGUCACAGUGGCCAGCUUACUUUGCAUCAAAGAACUCACACAGGGGAGAAACCUUAUAAAUGCUUGGUGUGUGGAAAAAACUUCAGAUGGAGUAGCGCCCUUAUGGUGCAUCAAAGAACUCACACAGGGGACAAACGUUAUCAAUGCUUGGAGUGUGGAAAGAGCUUCUGUCAGGGUAGUGAGCUUUCUUCGCAUCACAAAACUCACACAGGAGACAAACCAUAUACAUGUUUCGAGUGUGGAAAGAACUUCAGAUGGAGUAGCACCCUUACAGUGCAUCAAAGAAGUCACACAGGCGACAAACCUUAUCAAUGCUUGGAGUGUGGAAAGAGCUUCAGUCAGAGUGGCCACCUUACUUUGCAUCAAAGAAGUCACACCGGGGACAAACCUUAUCAAUGCUUGGAAUGUGGAAAGAGCUUCAGUCAGAGUAGCCACCUUACUUUGCAUCAAAGAACUCACACAGGGGACAAACCUUAUCAAUGCUUGGAGUGUGGAAAGAGCUUCAGUCGAAGUAGCCACCUUACUUCACAUCACAAAACUCAUACAGGGGACAAACCUUAUAAAUGCUUCACCUGUGGAAAAAGCUUCAGAUGGAGUAGCGCCCUUACGAUGCAUCAAAGAACUCACACAGGGGACAAACCUUAUCAAUGCUUGGAGUGUGGAAAGAGCUUCUGUCAGAGUGGCCAGCUUACUUCGCAUCACAAAACUCACACAGGAGACAAACGUUAUAAAUAUUUUGAGUGUGGAAAGAGCUUCAGUCAGAGUAGCCACCUUACUUUGCAUCAAAGAACUCACACAGGGGACAAAUCUUGGGAGUUGCACUCUUGGCUCAAGAGAGAGAGAACAGAGACAAAGGUGUCUCCUCUCUCUCGUACAGUGGAGAAGGGAAGGGAGGAAAGGGCGGAAGCAGGAGGAGCAGAUCAGCUUCCGGCGAAGGCGGGGCUGUGCGUUCAGGCACAGGAGGUGGAGGAGCGCCUGACUGAGAGGCUUCUGGUGGAACAGGCUGAACUCCCACUGGGGCGUCUGGAGAUGGGGAGCUGUACUGUCAAAGGCAGAGCCGGGGCUCUUUCGAAGCUGGACCUGCUACUUGCACCCUCCCUGGGUGACUCAUCCCAGUCCAUGUCCUCAUCCUCUGACUCACCCCCACCCGUCCACUGCCGCCUGGCGGGGCUCACAACAGUGAUGUGGCUGCAAAAAAGGACAACGGAGGCGAAGGGAAGAGCUCAAACGAGGGACGUCCUCUUCCUGCCCCGCCUCUCCGUGAGCAAUGCAGGCUGGAAGCGCAGGAGAAGCCCCUCUUUGUGCGCGGCGAUGUUGGCGAGCGGGGUUGCGCAGGGGGAGCCUGGAGACAAAGGAUACAUCUGGGGUGUCAAGGCUGAGGGAGAACCAUCUGAAGUAUCACUGAAAAAAGCUGAGGAGCAAGUGCAGGAGCAGAAACUGAGGAGUCAAGAUGGAGCAAAGAGACAAGAGGAGAGACAGACUGACACAGGAGACAAACCUUAUGAAUGCUUCAAAUGUGGAAAGAGCUUCAGGUGGCAUAGCACCCUUAUGGUGCAUCAAAGAACUCACAUGGGGGACAAACCUUAUAAAUGCUUGGAGUGUGGAAAGAGCUUCAGUCAGAGUAGCCACCUUACUUCGCAUCAAAGAACUCACACAGGGGACAAACCUUAUCAAUGCUUGGAGUGUGGAAAGAGCUUCAGUAGGACUAGCACCCUUACUUCUCAUCAAAGAACUCACACAGGGGACAAACCUUAUAAAUGUUUCGACUGUGGAAAGAGCUUCAGUCAGAGUAGCCACCUUACUUUGCAUCAAAGAAUUCACACAGGGGACAAACCUUAUAAAUGUUUCGAGUGUGGAAAGAGCUUCAGUCGGAGUAGCAACUUUACGUCGCAUCAAAGAACUCACACAGGAGAGAAACCUUAUAAAUGCUUGGAGUGUGGAAAGAGCUUCAGUGACAGCAGCACCCUUGCUUCGCAUCAAAGAACUCACACAGGGGACAAACCUUAUCAAUGCUUUCAGUGUGGAAAGAGCUUCAGCUUUAGCAGCACCCUUACUUCGCAUCAAAGAACUCACACAGGGGACAAACCUUAUACAUGUUUGGAGUGUGGAAAGAGCUUCAGUCACAGUAGCACCCUUACUUCGCAUCGAAGAACUCACACAGGAGAGAAACCUUAUAAAUGCUUGGAAUGUGGAAAGAGCUUCAGUGACAGUAGCACCCUUACUUCACAUCAAAGAACUCACACAGGGGACAAACCUUAUCAAUGUUUGAAGUGUGGAAAGAGCUUCAGUGACAGUAGCACCCAUACUUCGCAUCAAAGAACUCACACAGGGGACAAACCUUAUCAAUGCUUGGAGUGUGGAAAGAGCUUCAGGUGGAGUAGCGCCUGUAGACAACAUCAAACAACUCACACAGGGGACAAACCUUAUAAAUGCUUGGAGUGUGGAAAGAGCUUCAGGUGGAGUAGCGCCUGUAGACAACAUCAAACAACUCACACAGGGGACAAACCUUAUAAAUGCUUGGAGUGUGGAAAGAGCUUCAGGUGGAGUAGCACCUUUAGACAACAUCAAAAAAGUCACAGAGGGGACAAACCUUAUAAAUGCUUGGAGUGUGGAAAGAGCUUCAGUCAGAGUAGCACCCUUACUUUGCAUCAAAGAACUCACACAGGAGACAAACCUUAUCAAUGCUUGGAGUGUGGAAAGAGCUUUAGUCAGAGUGGCCAUCUUACUUCGCAUCAAAGAACUCACACAGGGGACAAACCUUAUCAAUGCUUGGAGUGUGGAAAGAGCUUCAGUCAGAGUGGCCACCUUACUUUGCAUCAAAGAACUCACACAGGAGACAAAUCUUAUAAAUGCUUGGACUGUGGAAAGAGCUUCAGUCGGAGUAGCACCCUUUCUUUGCAUCAAAGAACUCACACAGGAGACAAACCUUAUAAAUGCUUGGAGUGUGGAAAGAGCUUCAGUCGGAGUAGCCACCUUACUUCACAUCGCAAAACUCAUACAGGGGACAAACCUUAUAAAUGAUUCACCUAUGGAAAAAGCUUCAGAUGGAGUAGCACUCUUACGAUGCAUCAAAGAACUCACACAGAGGACAAACCUAACAAAUGUUUGGCAUGUGGAAAGAUUUUUAGUCAGUGUGGCCACCUUACUUCACAUCAAAGAACUCACACAGGGGACAAAUCUUGGGAGUUGCACUCUUGGCUCAGGAGAGAGAGAACAGAGACAAAGGUGUCUCCUCUCUCACGGACAGUGGAGAAGGGAAGAGAGGAAAGGGCGGAAGCAGGAAGAGCAGCUCAGCUUCCCUGAGCAUAUUCGUUUACAAGGAAAUAAGUCAGUCAGAUUAUCCCAGGUAAAGAUAAAGUAGCCUAUCCAUCUGGAAGACCUUCACUCUAUCUCCCUUCUGGAACAUAAACAAAAGAACAAAACAGGAGUUGCGGGGGCGUGACUUGCGGAGCUGCGCAAUGGCUGCGUAAUCUCCCUGGUCUGUGGCCCCCUGGUGUAAAACAACCCCAAAACAGCACUAAAGACUCACUGAAAACUGAAACCCCUCUGGGAAUGAUUCCGACCCCUCCUAGAAAUAAAGAAGGAGAUUUAUUGGGCUAUUUUAAGCCACUAGACAACAGACGGCCCAAGUGCAGCUAAGAAGCCUGUGUUAGACAAUAUGGCUCCAGGCCAAUCGAGGACAACUAAGACGAUGCCUCAAGAGGUAGGAGCUAAUGGCCCACUUUCAAGAGAAGACUUUAUAGCUCAAUUAAAAUUUUUUAAAACAGAUAUGGAAGAUAGCUGGAAAGUUGCCCUGAAGCCUUUACAAGAUAAAAUUGAGGCAUUUGGUGAGUGACUUGAUAACAUAGCAGCCUCAGCAUCGGAGGCUUUAGAUUUGGGCCUAACAAUUGCAGAGGACUUUUCAAUUCUAAAGUGGGAAAAUCAAAUUAUCAAAAAUAAGCUUGAGGAAUUACAAAAUCGCUCACGUUCCUCAAAUGUUCAUUUUAGAGGACUUAAAGAAGGAGCAGAGGAACAUUCUCCCUCAAUGGCAUCAUUUAUUACCGCAUGGUUGACUACCAUCAUCCCAGAAUUCGAACUAGAAAUAUCUGUGGGCUAUAGGUACAUUCUUAAAUUGAAACUUUUUUGCCUAUUAGUGAAUUUUCCUGCUUUUUAAUCCAGAAGGUAAGAAAUGGGAUCCUGUGCAAGCUUGUUGAGAAUGGAUUGAUCAUUUGCAUGCUUAUUGAGUUCAGUGGGAUUUACUCCCCUGCAAUCAUGCUUAGGA